UUUCAAAAGGUGAAGAAUUGAGUGUAAUGGUUGAAGACAAAUUAAGUCUCCACAUUUGUGGUCAAGUGGAGGUAACUGAUUUGAGAAAUUCGUCAAGCAACGCAUGCCCACAGAGUGAUGAAGUAGAUUGUCCAAUCCAAGCUAAGGGACUGAAGAAAAGAGAGUCAACUACUAAGGGAAGAAAGAGGAUCAAAGGCGGGAUGGAAAAAGCUAUUGCAAAGAAGAAAAGGAUGCAAUCUCAUUUCGUCAUGGGUGGUAAUUCUAUUCAGGGUGGCGCUGAUUAUACUCCCCAAUGUGAAUCUCAGCCUCAUUUCCGCAUGGGUAAUAAUUCUAUUCAGUCGGGUGGUACUGUUUACACUUCCCAAGGUGAAUCACAACCUCAUUUCGUCAUGGGUGGUAAUUCUAUUCAGUCGGGUGAUGCUAUUUAUACUUGCCAAGGUCAAUCACAAUCGCGUUUCAUCAUGGGUAGUAAUUCUAAUCAGUCCAGUGCUGCUAUUUAUACUUGCCAAGGUCAAUCACAAUCGCGUUUCAUCAUGGGUAGUAAUUCUAAUAAGGAUCAUGGUCUUGGUGUAAAUUUUUCUCAAUCACAACCUCGUUUCGUCAUGGGUAUUAAUUAUAAUAAGGAUCAUCGUCAUGAUAUCUACAUUUCUCCAUCUCAACCUCGACCUCAAGUUCUUAUGGGUGGUACAAGUGGUCCUCCUCUUACGUAUGGUACAUAUGAUGGAAAUAACACGCCUCAGUCAAUGCCUUCUGUGUAUCCCACUCACACAUAUUUUCAGGGGUUGCUUCGAGGUACAAGUGUUGAAAACUUUGCAGUCCAUCUCUCGCAAGCGUCACAUAGUCCUGCUGACAGUCAUGUUUAUACUGUUCUAGACAUGUGUCGAAUAAUCUGGACAGAUUUGGACAGAUUUGGUUGUGUUUAUAAUGUUGUGGACAGUUUUGGACAGAUUUGGUCUCAUAAAUUUUGGACAAAUUUGGUUGUGUUAUUUUGUGUUGCAAAGAUUUGGAUUCUGGACAGAUUUGGAUACAUUUAUAAUGUUUUGGACAGAUUCGGUUAUGUUGUGGACAGAUUUGGUUAUCUUAUGUUGUGGACAGAUUUGGUUAUGUUGUGGACAGAUUUGAUGAAGAACAAGUACGACCUGACCAAUAAUAAGAAUAUAAAAUAA